AUGGGCCGUCUUCCCGAGGACGUUAACAACGGUGGCUUUUCCCCGGACUUUGGGAAGACUGUUUGGCACAUGGCGGUUGGAUUGAUCUUGGGUUGGUGGUGUUGCCGGUUAAGCAUGCGCUUGCAAUAUUUCUUCGGCAGGCCCCCCUGGCAGGCCCCCUGGACUUUAAGCUGUCUACUGCAAGCCGUGCUUCCUGCCCUCUCCUUCGCUGCUUCCGUGCUCCACCAUCUGGUGGGUGCGGAUUGCCUGCUCCGCCGCGCGUGCGGGGGCCAUGCUGCUGCACCGCACUUGUGCAAGCAGGUGCGGGCGGUGGCGCCCUCGAAGGUGCCCUCAGGCUUCGUUCGUUGGGCCACUCGUCUCGUGGCAGGGGGUGUUGAACUCAGCCUGUGGCCCUUAAGGCUCCUGCUCUCCGCCAAUGCGCACGCGGUGGUGCAGCCCAUGAAGCCCAACCCCCGCCUGUUGCGUCGCGUGAUCGCCUACUGCCUGCCUGAGGGCUUCAGCCAGGACCCUCGCUUUGGACCACUAGAGGAACGAUGGUGCACCCACCUCAUGGUGGGCGCCGAGUCCAUGGUGACCCAUGCCAAUGGGGUGCAGACGAACCACGAGCAGUUUUACAUGUCCUGGUCCGUCUGCUUCUCAGCAGCGCAGGGUCUUCCGAGGCUUUUCCUGGCCUCGGCGCGAUUCAGCGAACAGGAUGCGUGGGAGGUGGACCUCGCAGAGUGUCGGCUGCCACCAAGGGCUCCAUUGGCCUGGGCCGCUGCGGCCCAGGAGAUUCACGAGCUCCGCGCGGCCGGGCGUGACGUGAGCGCCGGGCUGUGCGAUGCGCGGGAGCUUUGCUCGGUACGGUUUCAAGGCUCUCGGUGGCAGGUGCAAACGGCACAGCUGGCGCCGGCUGAAGAUUGGGCACUCCUACACAAGGAUCUCUUCGGCUGCCCUUUGGAGGGUGGGCCCGAACGCUGCGUGCGGCUGCUCCUUGCGCUCUCGUGCCCCAACCCCUUCGCGCAGGAGCCACCGAAGUUGGAGAUGGCGCUGAACGCGCUGCGGCCCUGGCUGGAGCCCCGAAACCCGGACUGA